CCUAGUAACAAGCAAUUAGCAAAUUUUUGUAUUUUUUAUUACACAACUCGUUCCUGAUUUAUGAACGUCAGGAAGAUAUAACCCACUACUUAAGCCGGGACUCAAACGGUGGACCCCGAAUCAUCUGAGUGGUCGGCAAUUGACAGUAAUAUUUCGAGAAAAAACUUCAAAAUCGAAGAAAAUUAUGCAAAUGGUCCCGAAGGGUGUUGUCUUCUCCGCACUUAUGUUUUUAUAAGUUCUACAUUUGGAAGCUCCCCAGCCGUCAGAGUUAGGGAGUCUCGCUAUUCUUUAAAAGGGGUCAGUUCGUAAAUGCAACACUCAGUAUUACUUCAAAAAAUUAAACUCUUUUAUUCAUAAACUGUAGAUCAUACAAUUGCCUUAUUUUCGCAACUUAGUUCCAAUUCGACACUUUACCGUGUUUACGCAUACUGGAUGUUUCCAUAAACUACAGUUAAGAAAUUUUUUGCAGUAAUGCCGCAGUAUUGCAUUUGCGAACUGACCCAUGCUGGCGACUUUCGAUAUUGUUAUUCGAACUAGCUCGAUUCUUCACCGUAAGGAACCUAUCCCUCGCCCCUACCAAAUCUAUGGCAACCAUCUUCACUAUCUGACAGUUGGGAAUUCACGUCGAUGGAACAAGAAUUCCGACUGUGAAAUACCCGAACUGAAGGUCGAGAUCCAGGACGGUAUACAACGAUCACUGCACUCGACGCUGUAUAGACAGGCAUUAAACGGCAUACAUAGAGAGGCCAUCACCACUUUCACAAAACCUCGCCUCAGGAAUGGCGUUGUAGGAGAUCCACCACCACCUAUUGCAGAGGAAGAGCUCCAGCUGCCUCGCAAGACCCACGUUACUGCGGGUUUUGAUAUUGUACUUGCCAUGUGCGGUCAGACGAAACUGCAUGUUAACUGAUGCUAAGGAUGAUUAAAUAACCGCUGCAACCAAAACUACAACGCUGAGCACUAGCAACUGACACUGGCAAAGUGCACAAUUGUUUCCAAAUUUCUUGAAGUUAUGGCAUUCAACUGAUCAAAUGUAAAUAUCGGCAGCCAAACUCGUUCGCUACACGAGAAUGAUUUUCACUGAUAAAUCCUGAGGCACAUCUAUGUCCUCUACUGGCAUACACACAUAAUUAUUGAAGAGGUACCACAAGAACGAACACAAACGUGGCGUUCAUUCAUCUAAUUGCAGUGAACCCGUCUAUUACUCCAGCAAUAAUUAGCAUAUGGAGGCAGAAGGAGUGCUUUUUUAAUUCAACUUCUUCGCAGAUGCAAUUUGCAUUUAUGUACUUUUAUGGGCAACACAUUUUUUUGGCUUUCACGGCCAACAUAUUGGAGAAAACCGACGAGGAAUCUCCCAAACCGUCGGCAACUAUUUUGCAGUUAUUACGUUUUCAAUUAUUACUUGAAGAAUGAGGAACCAUCGAUCCAUGACAUACGUCAGGCAUGCAUGCGUAAAUACAUAUGUAUAUACUUAAAUGUGUGGUCCUUAUUAAUAUUCAUAACAUGAGUUCGAU